AUGGUGUUGUUCCACUUGGGCUACAAUCCAGCCGUGCUCAUCCUCACGUUCCUCCAGCACUGCCCAGGUCAAGCAGACCUCCUCGCCUCGCCUGUCCCGUCCCGGGCACCCUGCCACCUGGCCACCUGGCCACCCACCCCGUGGCUGCCAGCCUGCCCUGCGGCCGUGGGGAGCGGUGCCUUUGCCCUGGUCCUCACCCUGGCCCUGGUGGGGUGCGUCACACCUGCGGAGAGGAAGUGCCUCCUCUCCGGGUCCUGGCGUAGUGACACUGGCUGCCGGAUGGUCGUGUCUGUCCUCAGCAAGGACGGCAGCUUCUCGGGUUCCUACCUGCUGGGUCCUGCCGACAGUGACUCCAAAAUCCUCACCUCACCACUGGAGGGGUCCCAGCAGGAUGCGGGGCUGGUCCCGCAGCCCACCUUCUCCUUCACCGUGUGGUGGAGGCUCCGAGACCCGGAGACAGCCCGGACGACUGCCUUCCUGGGCCAGUGCUACGUGGGCACUAAUGGGGGGGAGACCCUGCAUGCCCUGUGGCUCCUGCGAGAGGCGGCCAACAGCCCCGCUGAGGACUGGAAAGCCACCCGGAUUGGCACCAGCAUUUUCACCCGGAUAAAAUAA